AUGCUUCCCUCGCUCUCCCCCCGUCUUCUCAAGACAUCCUCCCCUCUCUCCCUCCGAACGCACAUCACGCACCGCUCGCACCACCGCCUCGCGUCUGCGUCUGCGUCUGCGUCUGCGUCUGCGUCUGCGUCUGCCAGUGUCCACCGACUCCGCCGCCGCCCCUCCUCUUCCAACAACUCCCAUCUCGCUGCUGCUCCCAUCGCCCCCUUCCACACGCAUAACAGGCGCACGACUCCGGCCCUCCCCCGCCCUGCCCAGCUUGCGACACCGGCCCCGCACCGUCUCAGCACCCCCUCCCUGGCGUCAUAUAUCCGUGCCGCAAGCUCCCAGGCGACUGCCGCUGAGCAAUCCAUCUCGCGCGACAGCAACGACGGUUUCAUCUCGCCCCCCGCGUUCUCCCCGAACCCCAGCCCGAUCAUGACGAUCACGCCGCCAGAGUUCCCCCCUCCGCCACCCAUCCCCCAGGCCGACGGGCCGGUCGAGCUCAAGCUUCCGCCGACAGAGGACAGGCCGCAUCGCUACCUUGUCCUCCCGAAUGGGCUCGAGGUCAUCAUCGUCUCGGACCCCAAGGCGGACAAGGCCGCCGCCUCUAUGGACGUUGGUGUCGGCCACCUGUCGGACCCGGACAACCUCGCCGGUUGCGCGCACUUCUGCGAGCACCUCAUGUUCAUGGGCACGAAAAAGUACCCUUCGGAGAACGAGUACUCGUCCUACCUGAAUGCGCACAACGGACAUUCGAACGCCUGGACGGCCAUGACGUCGACUAACUACUACUUUGAUGUUGCGCCUGACGCCCUCGAAGGCGCCCUCGACCGCUUCUCGGGAUUCUUCUACGAGCCGCUGUUCGCCGAGGACUGCACCGAGCGAGAGAUCAAGGCCGUCAACUCGGAGCACAAGAAGAACAUUCAGGGCGACCUCUGGCUCGAGAAGUCUCUGUCCAAGCCUGGCCACGUCUACGGCAAGUUCGGUACCGGCAACCUGGAGACGCUGUGGGAGCAGCCCCGCGCCGAUGGGCGGGAUCCGCGCCAGCAGCUGAUCGAGUGGUGGGAGAAGGAGUACUGCGCGCGGCGCAUGAAGCUCGCCGUCGCCGGUCGCGAGGACCUGGACACCCUCGAGAAGUGGGUUCGCGAGCGCUUCGACAAGGUUCCCGUUCGCACCGAGGGACGACCACUCACCGGCCCCGAGGGCGUGUACGUCUCCUUCCCGGAGCACCCGUUCGGGCCUGAGCAGCGUGGCGUCGUCAACUUUGUCAAGCCCGUUCGUGAGGUUCGCGCCCUCGAGAUUUCCCUCCCGACGCCCGAUCUGAACCAGUACAAGGGAACAAAGCCGCUCAACUUCCUCGCGCACUUCAUCGGACACGAGGGCCGCGGCUCGCUUCUGUCGUACCUCAAGAAGAAGGGAUGGGUCAACCUUCUCCGCGCUGGACCGUCGCACGAGGUCCCCGGUUUUGGCUUCUUCAAGAUCAACAUUGAGCUCACCCCCGAUGGACUCGCGCACUGGAGGGACGUUGCCAUGGUCGUGUUCAAGUACAUGACGCUGCUGCGCACUACGGAGCCGUCUCAGAUUGCGUUCGAGGAGAUGGCCAAGAUUGCCGACAUCAGCUACACGUUUGCCGAGCGCGGUCGUGUCAGAGACUACGUUACCCGUCUCAGUGGCUACAUGCAGGACCCUUACCCGCGUGACGAGAUUGUCAGCGCGCAGUGGCUGCUCGGCGACUGGGACCCGGAGAUCAUUCGCAAGUCGUGCCAGCUGCUCGACCCCAUGCAGGCUCUGAUCACUGUUGUGACGCAGGAGCUGCCGAAGGAUGUCUCGUUCACGUUCGACCAGUCGGAGAAGAUCUACGGCACCGAGUACCAUCAGGAGCGCCUGUCGCAAGAGUUCCUCGAGGAAGCCAAGACGGGCAAGCCGAUUCCCGAACUCUUCCUUCCCGGUCCGAACGAGUUCAUCCCCGAGAACCUUGACGUGAACAAGGUAGAAGUCGACGAGCCGGCUAUCCGGCCCGAGCUGCUGCGCGACACGGAGAUCUCCCGCCUGUGGUACAAGCAGGACGACCGCUUCUUCCUCCCGCGAUCGGUCGUGUACGUCGAGCUCUUCUCGCCCAUUCUCAACGUCACGCCGCGAAACGCCGUCAUGGCGCGCCUUCUGUCCGACCUGUUCACCGACUCGAACAACGAGGACACGUACGACGCCGAGCUCGCCGACCUCUCGUUUGGCAUGUAUUACCAGGCCGACUCGUUCACGAUCGCCAUCAGCGGCUUCACGGACAAGCUCCCGCUGCUGCUUGAGAAGAUGGUGACCAAGUUCCUCAAGUUUGAGCUCGACCCGGAGCGCUUCAAGCGCAUCGUCGACCGCAACAUGCUCAUGUGGCGCAACUUUGCCAUGUCGGACCCGUACCACGUCGCGCACUUUUACCACUCCCUCGACGCUGCCGGCGCCAAGAAGAUCCAGGACAUGCUCGAGCGGAUUAUCCAGCCGCGCGCCCUCGCGCCGGCCGAGAAGCGCCGCUACCGCGAGCUCCUCCUGCCGCCCAACUCGGAGCACAUUUGGGAGCGGCCCGUCAAGAACCCGGUCGAGACCAACUCGUGCGUCGUGUACUGGGUAUACGCGUGCGACAAGACGGACCCCGUGUCGCGCAUGAAGGUUGCGCUGUUUUCGCAGAUUGCGAGCGAGCCUGCGUUCAACGUGCUCCGCACCAAGGAGCAGCUGGGCUACAUUGUCAGCCUGGCCGGCACGCCGAUGGGCAUCCGUGUGCUCGUGCAGUCUGAGAAGUCGCCGGCAUACGUCGAGGGCCGCAUCGAGGCUUUCCUGACCUCGUUCCGGGACACGCUCGUGAAUCUGUCCGACGCCGAGUUUGACCGGCACCGCCAGGCGCUGAUCGACAAGAAGCUGGAGCAGCCCAAGCACCUGUCGGGCGAGACGCGGCGGUUCUGGCGGCACAUGGUGUCGCGUGACUACGAGUUUGGCAAGCAGCAGACGGACAUUGCGACGCUGCGCAAGCUGACCAAGGACGACGUCGUGGCCAUGUUUGACGAGGCGGUCAACCCCGCAAGCGAUAGCCGGCGCAAGCUCAGCAUGCACCUGAAGAGCCAGGUGACGCCUAGCGCGCAGUUCGACAUCAGCACGCUGCCCCAGAUUAUUGUGCAGUUCACGCACGCUGGCAUCAUUGCCGAUGAGGACGAGGUCCGCGCCCUGAUCGAGAGCAAGCCCGACCUCGAGGCCGUGCGCAAGUUUGGCCACAGCCUCAUUGAGCGCAACGCGGCCACGGAAGAGAACAAGGCCAAGCUCCGCACCAUGCUCGACGAACUCAAGGGCGUGCCCGAGCCUGAUGACAGCAGUGCUCUGAAGAAGAGCAACGUCUUCAUCGACGACGUGAACCGCUUCAAGAGCCAGCUCGACCUCAACAAGGCCCAGCUCCCGCUCGAGCCCCUCUGCCCGUCCAAGAUGUAA